UCGUGAACGACGUUCGGAAUCGUUUUUAUAAACAAAUUGAAAGAAAAAACUUUUUUUCUAAAAUAAAUUUCAUAAUGUUAAUGAAUUAAUACUCCGAGCUCUCAUUUAAUGGUGUCACAGAAGACUUCCAUCGCACACAUUCUGGAAUAGAAACACAAAACGGUUGUGAGGAAAUUGUUUAGAUCAUCAAUUCCAGAAUUAGACUCUUCGUCUCUUCUCACAUUCAUUCUUUUCUUGCUUUUUUGAUCAUUCAAGCACCGCGACAAGUAGUCAGAAAACAACGUCCGACGUAAAAACACACACCGUUUGGCGAAUGACUGUGAAUUCGGUUUUGGAAGUAAAAAAAGUCUAAAAAUAACAAUUUUGUGCUUUUCGUGCGUUCUCCCGUAGACGAAAAAUCAACAUCGGAAAAUUUUCUCAUUUCAGUAUCUCGUGUGCAUUUGGAAAAAUCAAAACGUUCAUAGCAAAAAAUUAAAGUUGAAUUAAUUAUUGCACUUGAAAGAUGGCUGAUAAAGUCUCUGAGCCUAUUAAACAAUGUAGUGCAAUUCUACGAUCAGCCAAAAGUGAUACUGAAAAAUUCGCUGCACUUUUCAUGGUAACAAAGCUUGUUAAAUCUAAGGAUUGUACUAAGGCCGGUAAGCGUAUGCUUUUUGAGGCCAUUGGCUUUGAUUUUCUCAAGAAACUUCUCACAAGCAACGAAGUACCCGACGAUUGUCCAGCACUCGUGUAUAAAAGUGUUGCACUUUCAAUUCUCACAUGUUUUUGUCAAGAUGAAGAUUUAGCAACACACUCUGACAUGCUCGCCACUAUUCCCGUGUUCCUCGAAAUAGUUCAAACAGCCGAUGAUGCUGAUAGCUUAAUCGUUGUAAGUGAAGCUUACAGUUGCCUUCAAAGCAUUGCCAUCUACGAGGCUGGUCGAAAAGCGCUUCUCUCAGCUGGUGGUCUCACGAAAUGGUCGGAAAUUUACUUGCAACAAAGUUUCCAAACUGACGAAGCACUCAACAUUCUCGUCACAUUGGCAAAUAGCUUUGGUGCUGCUGCGUGGGAUGCAAAUCCAAAAUCAUUUCACGAUCUCUUACAACGACUCUCUCUUGACUUUCAAUCGGACACAACUGAGAGAAAAUUUGAACUCGCUGAUAUUUUGACUUCACUGAUUUUCAGCUGUCGUCACGAUUUAAUAAGACGCAGCUCUGAAGGUGAAUUAUGGCCAGAAACACUUUACAAAGGCAUUUCGGAUAUAUUGAAGAGCCGAAUCACGAAGAAUCAACGUGAUCCAGCUUUGAAAUUGACUGCACAAAUUAUUGAACUUCUUGGCAUUGAAUGGACACUCAUGGAUGUUGAAGAUCCGAAAAAGUUUUUCCUUCUCUUGUUGCAAUUGGCAGCAAUUGAAGUUCGAAUGCAAAUGGACAAUAAGAGCUUUAAUCAAGCUUUGGCAAAUGCUGACUUAAUUAGUUCAUGUUUCUUGAUUCUUGAAUUGUCACUCAAUUUUAUGGCAACCGAUCAACUUGACUUUGAAGCAAAGGAAAAGCAACAAACAUAUACGGCAUUGAAAGGAGCGUUUACAGCCGUAAUAAAUGUUUUAACAAAAUUAUCUAACGAUAAAAUGAGUGAGAAUUUAGAAGGAAAAAACAAAAUUUUUGCUUGUGCAAUUGUUCGUGUUUUGGGUGCUUGGCUAGCUCAAGAAACUUCAGCAAUGCGUGCACAAGUUUAUAAAAUUCUCCCUUUCAUUUUGAAACUUUCAAAUAUGAGUUUCUAUGAAAACCGACAAUUCCGUAUGGACAAUAAAAAUACGGAUUUGGAAUAUGUAGCUGAAGCUCCAAUGGAUGUUUUACGAAUAUUUUUGCCUGCAUUGUGUCACAUUGUAGUCGAAGAUGAAGGACGAAAAAUAUUUAUGAAAGUAGCCGAGGAAGAUGUGCUCCACGACUUCAUCGUAUUUCACUGGUCUAUUGCACAUUACAAACGUCCACCUGUUCCACGUGCUGAACGUUUGAAACGCAUGAACGAACCAGAUCCUGAAUUAUCACCGCAACAACUCGAUUUGAUGAAAGAUUCACGUGCGGCUAUUGUUAGCGCAUGUAACAUUCUCAUGAACAUUACCGUUUUGGAAGCAAAAUUUGUUGAAGAAAGUGUCACGUUUAAUAACAUGCUGAAAUUUAUUUUCAACAAUUUACCAGAGUUCAAGGAUACACCAGAAAAUUUAGCUACACUCGGACAUUUAUCAGUCUUAGGAUUGUUGUUGUUGAAGCAGCAGUCAAAGAAAGUUAAAAAGAAUGAUUUCUCAAUUUGCCGCUACAUUCAGAUAACAAUCAGAUUCCUUUGGGAUGCCUACACUGUGGAUGAAUCAAAUGAUCCGGAAGCGCUUGUUGUUUCAAUGUCGUAUAAAGAGUGCUGGAAUGAAAUUGCCGAAUUGUGGUUUUUGGGUAUGCAAACAAUGAGUAGCAUUUUACCACAAAUUCCUUGGAUAAGUGAAUUCGCAAUCGAGAGCGGUUGGGCUGAAGGAAUCAUUGAGACGUUAAAAAAAGUUAGAAUCGGAACACUUCAACCAAAUGUUAAAUCGGCUUAUGAAGACUUCUUAUCACAGCUCAUCGAUGCAAAUGAGAAUGUCGCUGGCGUUUUAAAGAAAGCGGAUGCUUUGAAAGUUUGUCGGAAUCAUCGACUGAUGGACUUGGGAAAGAAAUUGUUCGGAGAUUAAAAGAAAAAGAAAAGAAGAAAAUCAUUUUCGUUCAAGGAGAAAUUUUUACUACAUUUAAUUUUUCCUUCAAUGGCGAAUGUGCAUUUUUAAUUCAAUUUUAUGAUAGUUUUUCAUAUAACUCCCAUGGCUAUUAAAACAACGACAGAUAACUUUUCUUACCCUUUUUACUGGUCUCCAUUGUUUUAAUUGCUUUUGAAUCGUUUUUUCUUCUUUUGUAAUUUUUUUUGCUAAUAGAAACUCGUUUUAAUGGAAAUAAAAAGCUGAUGUUUUGAUGUAAAAGUUUCAUACUGAAUUUUGUGGUGUAUGUUGUGGGAAAAGGUGAAUGAAUUGCAUUGGUGAAGUGGGAGCGUGGGAUCUGCAAUCAAAUUUAUGUAGAUUGAAGCACAUGUAUAUAAAUACAUGAACAUAAAAAAGAACUUUUCUUAUGUUGUAUCACAGUGUU